AUGGGGGCGUCCGAAUCUGUGCUGGAGACCUCCGUACACGAAUUCACCGUUAAGGAUUGCAACGGCAAGGAGGUGUGCCUGGACACGUACAAGGGGAAGGUCCUCCUCAUCGUCAACGUCGCCUCCAAAUGCGGGUUCACGGAGACUAAUUACACGCAGCUGACGGAGCUUUAUCAGAAGUACAGGGAGAAAGACUUUGAGAUAUUAGCAUUCCCCUGCAACCAGUUCUUGCGACAAGAGCCAGGCAGUGACCAGCAGAUCCAAGACUUUGCAUGCACAAGAUUCAAAGCUGAAUAUCCAGUUUUUCAGAAGGUGCGUGUAAAUGGCCCAGAUGCUGCGCCGCUUUACAAGUUUCUGAAAGCUAACAAACCUGGUUUGUUUGGUUCAAGAAUCAAGUGGAACUUUACCAAGUUUCUUGUUGACAAGAAUGGAAAAAAAGACAUCCAGAAGGCACUUGAGGAGGAACCCUCUGACUCGCAGACAAAAAAAGAGGAGGAAUCCUCCGACUCGCAGAAGUAG